UAGGGUCUUUUCUAAACUAGAUUAACGUUAGAAAAAUUUGAUAUUAAGUACAUAAUACAAAUAUAUUUUUUAAAUAGAGUACCAAUGUACCAGCAUUAGCGCAUGCGCGAUAAAGAGUGUCGAGUAGUGUGACGCUCGCUCCAGUAGUAGGCCUGUAGAACCCGCCGGUGCCGGCGCUUUAGCCACCACGGGUCCGAUUACGAGAAAGUUUUUUUCAGAAUUAAAAAGAUAACUAUUAAAGCGUAGUUUUCAUUAGUGUAACGUGGAGUGCCGUGAUUCAAGCAACAUGCGGUGGCUUCUGGUGGCGAUUUGUUGCUACGUGGUUUGUUCAGUCUCAUCGGCACCAGCAGAAAGCGAUGAACCGUACCUGAAAAUAAAUACUUUGAAGAACACGUUCAACGUUGGCGAGAAAAAAGCAAUCUACUGCGAAGGACAACAUUUAACGGGUGAUCUGGAAUGGUAUGAUCCCUCUGGUGCUAAGAUACCACCGAGAUCUACCAAAGCUAAGAGGAUUUAUGUGGAGCCCCGUGGUGCCACUACUGACGGGCCCACAUUUUUGCCUUUGAUGAUACAAAAUUUGGUUCUCGCUGACUCAGGAACCUACAUUUGUAAGGCUGGGGAUCUUAGUGGCAAUAUUACGAUUUUUGUGGGCGAAAAAGUAGUAAUUAAAGAAUCGGAAGAGGAUCUAGUCGAGGAAGAAGGUCAUCAUAUUGAUUUAUCUUGCCAAGCCAAGGGCACACCAGUACCCGAUGUCCAGUGGUACGAUAAAGACAGCCAGCCCAUAGUUAAUAAUGCAAAAUACAGGAUCACCUAUAAGCCUAGAUCCAGCACUAGCGUCCUAAGAAUAAACGACCUGAGUCAUAUGGACCCCGGUACUUAUAAAUGUAAAGCAACCCAGGAAAAAAUUUCACAUUUUGCGGAAAAGUUUUUCCACUUAAGUGUGAGGCAUAAGCCGGUAAUAAUCAACGAAUACUCGGAGAGUGAAGUGUACGCUAUUUUAGAUGAAUGGAAAAAUAUAACAUGCAAGGCCAUCGCAUACCCCGCGCCUACCUUCACUUGGUCGAAGCAUGAUGACAACUAUGAUGAGGAAAUGAAGAGCGAUGGCCCAGACCAUAAAAUCACCACGUCAAAGGAAACAGACGGCAACUCAGUGUUGACGCUACACAUUACCAACGACACACUCGAAAAGCAGUACAAGUGCACGGUAGAAAAUCCCAAGGGUCGCCAGAACUUCAUGUUCCACGUGUCGCUGGGGAACAAACCUGACCCACCAACCAGUGUUGUGAUGUCAUCUGCAACUGCAAAUAAUUUAACAUUCGAAGUUUCCUGUGAAAACUGUACCUUUUACAAAGACGAUGGAAUAGCUCCUAAACCAGAAAAUCUCCCUGUUCUUGGUUACGUCUUCGAAGUUGUGCCGCAUAUGGAGGGAUUCACGGUACCAUACUGGCUGAACGGGACGCAAUAUACGUUCGACAUUACUUCAGAUAACGAGACUACGUUUACAAUCGGCUAUUUGGAAAAGUCUACAGAGUACCACGUACGAGUAGCGACACGAAAUAUUGCAGGCCAAUCCGACUGGUUCGACGUCGCAGGAUUCCCUAAAACAACGGAUGGUGCUGCUACCUUAACCAAAUCGAUUGGGUUACUUAUCUUCGCCUUAUUUGUCUCCCUAAGAUACUAGUGUUUUAUGCCAACUUCGCGAUUCUCAAAGAGAAAUGUAUCCAAGGAUAUUGAUUUCUUUGAAAAUUUUGUUCCGGAACGGCUAGCAUAACUUGUUGAAGUUGUUGCAAUAAAUCGUCUCCUUCUUAUCAGUAUUUAGUUAAGAAUAGAUGACGACUGUUAUGUAGCUCAACGUCAGUUUUGUCAGCCAUUUCAUUGUUGACUUUGUGCUGGGGAGGUCAGAUUUCACUACGGCGCCAUUAUAAUACACUAACGGCCCAAUUCGAAUAAUAUGCAAUGCUAACAAACAAUGCUCGAUGCUUGUCACACCGAUACGAUACUGAUCUGUCAAUGUAAAAAAGACAAUUUCUUCAACCGAAAACUGAACUUAUAUCUAAGCAUUGUUCGAAUUGGGCCGCACCACAAUGCUGCUGGGUUCUCGUAGCUGAUGCGCAGAUUCUAGCAUACGUGAUAUCCAAAAUGUAAUUCAACGGCACCGUAGCGUAUCUCGGAGUAAAUGAUUUCAUUGGGACACAUUUUUUUACAAAUGUUUUUAAAGUGUAUAUAUGUGCUAAAAGCUUUGUUAUUGUAGAGCUUGGUAUACAACCUUGUCCCUAUGAUGACAUUUACAAUCAUAACAAAAUUGUAGAUAGACAAUACUUGUAUAAUUACUUUCAAAUAGCUACAUUAUUAUUUCUACUACAUACUAUUCAAUCUUUCUUGUAACAAAUAGACGGAGAGCUAGUUCCGGAAAAAUAUAUAUAAUUUAGAAAGCAACCCCACUUUACAACUGCUACUAUAUAAAUCGCAGUCCCCAAAUAGAGUAUUGCUGUCACCUUUAGGCAGGAGCACCUGCAUGUCAGCUUGGACCCUUUGACUCAGUCCAAAGGCGCGCUGUGCGAAUCGUUGACGAUCCCAAACUCACAAGCGGUAUUGAACCUUUAAGUCUAAGGAGAGACUUUGCCUCCUUGUGUGUGUUCUACUGCUUGUACAAUGGGCUGUGCUCUGAGGAAUUGUUUGACAUGAUGCCAACGGCCAUUUUCUAUCACCGCACCGCUCGCCGUCGGCAGGGUGUUCAUCCUCACACCUUAGAAAGUAAAUGGUCGCGUACUGUGCGGUUCAAAAGGAAUUUCCUCCCGCGGACGCUCCGGCUGUGGAAUGAGCUCCCUUCCGAGGUUUUCCCGAGGGUCUACAGUAUGGGGUUCUUCAAAAAAGGAGUGUACAGGUUUUUAAAGGGUCGGCAACGCGCAUGUAACACCUCUGGAGUUGCAGGCGUCCAUAGGCUGCGGUGACUGCUUACAAUCAGGCGGCGGGCCGUAUGCUUGUUUGCCACCGUCGUGGUAUAUAAAAAAAAGCAA